UCUUCCUCCUUACAUCUCUCUCUCUCUCUCUCGCUGACAGUCACACACUCUGCAAGCAACCGCUCCAUCAAAGCAGCAGCAGAUCACACUGAUACCCAAAACUCUCUCUCUCUCUCUCUCGCAUUUCAAACGGAGCUCUGAGCAGAAGUCCAAGCUCCAUCGGUUCGGCGGCAUAUCGCCCGGUGUGAGUGUGAUCGAGUCCAGUCCGUACUUCUUCGGGUAGCACUAACUAAAAUGGAUCGUCGCGGUUGGCCAUGGAAGAAAAAAUCAUCUGAGAAAAACUUGACUGAGAAACCGGUGUCCCCAUCCGAUUCUGCUGGGAUGUCUUUGGCCAGAGCGAUGUCUCUAGGAAACCAGGAUUGCAAAAAAGUUAACUAUGUUCAGAUAUCUCUGGAUUCAUUUAAGCAUCUGAGCGGUUUGGAAGAACUAGUCAGUGCAUUGGAAAAUCAAGUAAAUACAUUGGAGAAUCAAGUGAAGGAUUUAGAGGGAAAGUUAUCGACUGCUCAUUUGGAGUUAUCUACCAAGGAAAAUCUCGUCAAGCAGCAUGCAAAAGUUGCCGAAGAAGCGGUUUCAGGAUGGGAAAACGCAGAUGCAGAAGUUCAUGCUCUGAAACAGGAGCUUGAAUCGGUCACUUUAUUUAAACUUGUUGCUGAAGACAGAGUAUCCCACCUAGAUGGUGCUCUCAAAGAGUGCACGAGGCAGAUAAGAAAUGUGAAGGAGGAAAGCGAGCUGCAACUGCAACAAACCAUUCUUGCCAAAACGAAGCAGUGGGACCAAUUGAAACUUGAUUUUGAAGCAAAAAUGGUUGAAUUGGAUCGUGCUCUUCUUCAAGCAGGUGUGGAGAAUGCUGCUCUUUCACGAUCUUUACAAGAGCAUUUCAACACAAUAAUGACCACAAAGGAAGAAAAAUCAAAGGCUGAGGCAGAGGUGGAGCUGCUUAAAGCAAACAUUCAGUUGCGUGAUAAGGAGAUUAACUCACUGAAAUAUGAACUCCAUGUGGUAUCUGAGGAACUUGAUAUUCGAAAUCAAGAGAAAAACAUGAAUCUUAAAGCGGCAGAGGCUGCUAACAAGCAACACUUGGAGAAUGUCGGGAGAAUCACGAAACUGGAAGCAGAAUGCCAGAGGCUACGUGGUCUUGUUCGGAAGAAGUUGCCUGGUCCUGCUGCAUUGGCUCGAAUGAAGUUAGAGGCCAAGAUUUUCAGCCAAGACUGGAAUGAACCAUCAUUAUUGAGAAAUUCAAUGAAGUAUCCCGUUGCUUCAUUAUCUUCAAAAUCACAUCUCACCAAUGAUGACCUGAAACAGUGCCACAAAGAGUCGGAGUUUCAAGGGAAACGUUUCUUGGAAAUGGAGGAAGAAAUAAAGACUCUAAAAGAAGCCUUGGGUGCUCGUAAUACGGAACUGCAAGUUUCAAGAAGCAUGUAUGCCAAAACAAUGAGCAGAGUGAAGAUCUUGGAAGCUCAAAUUCUAGCACCUAAUCAACAGGCUAAGUCGUCAGGUUCUGGGGUACAAAUUGAAGGCUUUUCAAGGGAAGUUGUGAAUACUCCACCAAGUGUUACUUCCAUUUCUGAGGAUGGAAUUGAUGAAGGAAGCUCUACUGGAUCUUGGGGUCCAUUAAUCUCUGAUAUCUCUCAGCUGUGGAAGGAUAAGAGUAUGGACAAAUCUUCCAAGUCGUCUUCAGCGAAUCCCUUGGAAUUAAUGGACGACUUCCUCGAAAUGGAGAAACUAGCUUGUUCAUCAGCGGACUCAGUGUUGAGCACAACAGGGCUGGAUAGCAGCAAAUGUGCAAGAGAUACUGCAUCAGUGGAUGCUAUCAAGAAUGUUAAUCCAACAGCAAAUCAAAAUUCAUCACCAGUCAAAAUUGAGCUUCAAUCAGUGCAUUCCCGCUUCUCAGAACUGCUUCCCAGAAUCUGCACAAUGGUUGACCGUCAAACUCUAGAGGUUGAUGUUAAAGAGCUUUUGGAGGAUGUCAAACAAGCUCUGGGCCCAGAUGCUCUGCACCUGCCUUCAGAGAGUCAAAUUUCUAAAGAAGCUUGUACUCGGGAUCCCAUGAAAAUGAUAGAGUCUGAGGUCUCAUUAGCUGAUUGCCAUCCUAAUAUCAGCACCGACAUCAUUACAAACAAAGAGCUUGGUGCAGCAGUUUCACAGAUACAUCAGUUCGUAUUAUCACUAGGAAGGGAAGCUGCUAAAUCACACGGCACAUCCUGCUCCAAUAGAUGUUUAGCCGAAAAAGCAUUACAAGAUUUCACUGCUUCAGUUGAGAAGUUCAGAAGCAACAGCUCAAGCUUGGUCAAUUUUGUUCUUGAGCUUUCAUCUAUUCUCACUGAAGCUCGUGAAAUUGAUUCUGGUAUUUCAGACUAUGCUGAUCAUGAUGAAGAUCCUAGUAGCGGUGAUUGCAUAGACAAGGUCCCCCUGUUGGAAAGGAAGGUAAUUCAAGAUGAGUCAUCUGAAUCAGGCAAGACCCCUUAUUCUCCUUGUGAGCUGAUGCUUCAGGACCUCGAUGGCACAAAGCUUCAGUUGCAAGAGACUGAGCAGGUUCUGGCUUCCCUGAAAUCACAAAUGGAAUCAUCACAGAGAGAUCAUAGCUUGGCAGAGGUUCAGCUAAAAUGUAUGACAGAAUCUUACAAAUUACUUGAAGCGCGUGCCCGCGAUUUAGAAGCUGAAGUGAAAGUUCUACAUGACAAGGCGGAGAAGCUAGAAAAUGAGCUUCUUGAAGAAAAGCACCAGCAUCGGGGUACUCUAGCUACAGUCGAGGACCUUCAGCAGAAAUUCAAGAGGGAAUUCAAGUGUUCGGUCUGUUCAUUGUCUACUGCAGCUGAAUCUCACUUCAAAACCAAACAGGAGAGGGAGAUAGCGAUAGCAGCAGAGAAACUUGCUGAGUGUCAAGAGACGAUAUACCUCCUGAGCAGGCAAUUGCAGGCCUUGCGUUCGCCUUCAGACACAAAGGGCCUACAAGCCAAUGAAGGGAACCUUGUCGAAGAUGGAACGAGCCUCUCACGAUAGAUGUAAACUACAGCUUUGCCCAUCAUAAUACACCUACAACACCGUAUAGUCCUAGUAGAAAUCAGAUAUGGUCUGAAAGGGGAUCGCCUCAGUCCCCAAAACAUCAGAUUGCUUCUUGAAGGUUUGAUGUUUGUUGACAUUGAGCACAUCAACGGAUCACGUGUAUCAGCAUUCUUAUCUUUUUGAGGACUUGAGUCUGGGAAAAACGAUCGAAAGUGAGGCGCAGUGACGUAGUUUUUUCUC